ACAUUUCCUUUUAUUUGUAUUUUAAUCCUAAUUUACCCACAUUGGAGUUGUUUGUGGAAUUUAUUUGUAGUUUUUAUUGUUAUAUUUGUAAACACGAUACUAUCGGACCGUGUAACAACUCACAGAUUGUGUACUCUUGUUUAUUUUGAAUUUACAUCAAUAUGCUGGUGUAUAAACUCUAUUUGAAUAUCGCACGCUAUAUUUAAUCUCGGCCAACAACCCAUUUAAUCAUAUGUAAAUCACAAUAACCCGAGUCUUGAGUUAGUAUUCUAAAAACCAUGGAUUCCUCAAAUUCGCUACACGAGGGUAGCGAUCCACUGGUAGGUCUUGUGGACUUUGAUAAUUUUCAAGACUAUACAAAUGACGAAGACAUCGUGAAUAAGUACUUUUACAAACUAUACGUCUCACAGAUCACAACCGAUCAAAUGAUAGAUGUCAUGCGACAUCUAGGAAAUUCCCCAAAUGGAUCACGUAAUAAAAGUGUGUACAAUACCAUGCUAAAGAUCCUGUUCAAUGAAUGCCGCUUCUUCCCGAAAUAUCCGGUGCAGGAGCUGGCGAUAACUGCAGAACUCUUUGGAAAGAUGAUAAAACAUGGAUUGCUCUUGUCUAAUGGUCCACUGUUGCUUUUGGCAUCUCGCUGCAUUCUAGAGGCUCUAAAACGUGGUAAAACAUCCAAAAUGUUUCAGUUUGGAACUAUCGCACUCUCCCAGUUUGAAAAUUCGAUUGCCUCAUAUCCGUGGUUUUCUAAUGCAUUACUGGGAAUUCCAGAUGUUCGUGAAACAUUUCCACAACUCUACAGGACAUGCGAAAAAUUACAAACAAUCAUAACUGACGGGAUGCGGAAAAAUACGUACGUAGAUCAGGCUAGGGGAAUUAUAAUUGCCUCAACUGAUGAUAAUACCGAUUUAUCUCAGAUUUUGGAAAAUCAAAGUUCUCACGUUGCAGAACCAGCUCCGGUUCCGAGUGCUCGUGCUCCAUCUAUAGAUGAUAGCACCAGACAAACAGUUGGAGAAUGGGAAAAUUUAAUGAGCGAUGUAGGAUCUACCCUAACAAUUGUUGCGCCUCCAGAGAUUGCCAUAAAUCAGAUUUACUCCAUCUUCAACAACAUUUGCAUGGACACUGUUAUUCAAAAAUCAAAUGAAGUUAACAAUAUACUUCGUCCAGAAAACUUCUCAUGGUUGAUAUUGUACAUUGUAAGGACUCGUGCGUCAAAGGAACACAACUUACAUGAGGUAUUUGCUACAUUUAUUGACAAUUUAAAGUAUCCAAAGCUGUUUGAUACUGCAAUACAGGUAACUUACCUAUGUAUAUCUGCUUGUUUGAGAGGUUUAUCGGAUUAUAAAGAGAUUUUAGCAUACAGAACGUUGCUAAAAAAUCUUGGAAGUUGGCUCGGAAGGAUAACGUUAGCUAGGAAUGUUCCAAUCAUCCUAAGACAACUAGAUAUAAAGGCUCUGCUAUUUAAUGCCUAUGAAAAUGGUGCCUUGAUUGCAGUUUUGCCAUUUGUAUGUAGAGCUAUGGAAAGUGUUAAGAACUCAAAGAUUUUCAAACCUCCAAAUCCUUGGACAACUGCUAUACUCACAUUUUUAGCAGAAAUACACAUGGUAGAGAAUCUGAAGACUAACCUUGUGUUUGAGGUAGAAGUUUUGUUUAAACAACUUUCUCUUGAUAUCACACACUUUUCAAACAAGACAAACCUAUUGAGCAAUCGCGUACGUCCCAAGGUUACUCCCGAUUUUGACACUGAUAGUCUCGUUAAUCCUGAUGAGGGUAUACGUACUGGUUCAAACGAUAUUAGUAAAGAACGUCUCAACCAACUACUCGCAAAGGUUAUGCGUGAGGGGGUAGUUGGUACAACAAAACAGCAGCCAGAUGUUCCAACUUCUGCCGGAAUCCCUAUGCAACCGGGGAUUAUGGCUCCAGGGGGACAACCAACUCAUACUCUCAGCGACAACCAUUCUGAUUUGUAUGCUGAAUCACUUUUACAGACACUUCACACUUCAGUAGUAAUAUCUCCAUCAAUUGCUCUCUUUGAGAUACAACCUCAGCUGAGAGGAUUGGUCCCUAUUGCUAUAGAACGUGCUGUUCGUCAUGUGUUAACUUUAGUUACGGAUCACUCCAUUUCGUUGGCUAGGAUGUCAACAAAGGUACUUAUUGCCAAAGACUUUGCGUCAGAGGAAGAUGAAAACGUUGUUAGAAGUGCUACCCGUUUAAUGUUCGAGCAUUUUGCAUCAUCACUCGUAUCGGCUAGCUGUAAGGAACCUCUGAGAAUGGCUUUCCAUGAAAGUUUGAGGAGCGCUUUGCAGACGCAUCGUACUCAGGAUUGUAAUGAUCAAGUUUUGGUGGAACAACUUGUUCAGAUUAUAAGUCAGGAUAAUUUAGCACUUUCUGUAAACGUAAUAGAAAAGGUUGUUGCGGGGCACGCUAGUAGAGAAUCUGAAAUGGUAGCGGCGGACAUUUGUAAGAUGCUUCGUACCCAACCUCCUCAAGGCAUAAUACUUCCACCUCUCUUGCAACACUGGAAUUACAAAAAUUCUCAGCGUGAUCAUCACAACUUGGGGGUCUACAGAAAUAUUUUCACCAAGCCUGCCAAGGUUGCCAGUACUACUCGUCAAAAUAGCGCUUGUGAUGGUGUAAUGGUUUUGUUUGAGGAAUGUUUGACUGAACUUAGGGAACCGUUGAGAGACAUUGCCUUGUUCCCACCAAUGUUAUAUGCAUCUGGUCCAUUGGAACCUGGAUGUGAGUCACAUUUGUUCAGUACUCACUCUCUCCACGUCUUAUACAGCUUGCCUGCAAACCACGAACUAUUUUCGUACAUGGCCCAUUGUUUGAGUAUUGUUGAGAACUCACCAUAUAAGGAAUCUGCAUGUAUUGCGAUAGCUAGGUGCCUGUUAAUGUUUUUGUCUGAGGGUCUUGGUUCACAUGCGGGCCUAAACAUUGAAGUAUUGCUUUGUAUAUUGGAUGGGCUAAACCACUUAUCUUCCGGAGUAAAGCAAGCUCUUGCUACACUAUUGUUUUCAAUUCCAUUGGAUCAAAACAAUAACCUAUUUAACGUAGUUGUUGUCACUGGACUUUUGAGAUAUGGUCUUUUAGAUUGGACUGAUUUAACACAAUAUUUAGUUUUAGCGAUGGAAAAGGGGAAAAAUACUUAUGCCGUUGAAAUGGCGAUAGUUGUCACAGCCAUUGCUCUUAUUGAUCAAAGGAGUGCUCCUCCAGAGUGUGGAGCUGGUUUGAUACGUGAAAUUGCGAGUGUAUCUUGUGGAUCGGAAGCUUGCAAAACCUACCCUGGUGUAUUAAUAAAAGAUGCAUGGGCGAAGUUGUUGAAAGACUAUGUUGAGCUCCAGCAGCAACCUAGACCAACUGUAAUAUCCCUUACACCAAUACUUCGCAUGAAUUUAUCGGAUGUAUUUUCAGUCGAUGGAUUCAAGGUUCCAGGUUUUGUAGGUUUGGGAUAUGGAGGUGUCAGAAGAGUACCAGCAUCGUGCUCGAUUUCAGACUCACACAAAUCGGUUAUAUCUGCGUUAUUUAUACGGUGGGUUGAGUGUUCGAACCCGUUUGACGGAGAAGCCCUUUUGUUUGCCUGGAGACAAUUCUUCCAACGAUUUAAUCUUCAGAAUUUGUUCAAGAUGGAUGGGGGAACAGAUAGUUUCUUUUCAGCCUGUGUUCAUACUGCAAUAUCAAUGGAAUGUAUGAAUUAUAUGGAUAUGGAAUAUAACGUGGAUUCCCUACUCCAAGAAACUUCUCCUGAGAAGGCUACCCAAGAGGAACCUGUCUCCGAAGCAGUGAAUGGAUCGGCAGUUAUUACAGAUGAAAGCUCUACAAAAACACAAGGCGAAGUUGACGAAAAACCUGAUGUUGUGACAACCGAAAAGGAACAACCCGUAGUGGAGGGUGAUGUUAUAACCUCAACCGUUGAAUUACCCACAGGUGAAAAGAGCGGAUUCAUUGCUCUGGCAAAAAUGGCGGAUGUUAUGCUCAGAUUGGUCGGAGGUGGUGAUAUUCCACCAUCAAGUGCCCUUCAGAAACUUUUGGCAGCCUUAUCAAGUAUUAUAGUUCACGAAAAUUCUCACUAUGCCUGCUACAAAUUGUGGAUGGUUCUAUUGGAAUAUUUUGACAAGGUUGAAGAAAACUUCCAAGUGCUAUGUAAAAUAACAUUUUUGCAUGCGCUAGAACUCAUUAAUCCAACGAGGGCCCCCUCGUUCACUUACUUUUGGUUCCGUAUAAUUUCCCAUGCCUCUCUCAUUCCUGGAGCAAUAAAGCAUCAAAAGUGCUGGUUGUCAUUCUCGAGAAUUUUCUCGAUUGCCAGUACAUUUGUGAAUACAAUGUCUUCAAGGUACACUUUCGAAUCGUUUGAAUCUUUUGUAGAACGGGAUUAUUUGGAAUCUGAGUUUGCUUCUCAGGACAGAAUGGCAGAAGCAGAAGAGGGUGGACAGGAACUAGAAAUUCGUGAGGGUCCCGUAUACAAAAUAUUGAAGAUAUACACAAGGUUGGUUUCAUACGCAUGUGCGGCUUCUCCGGAUUUUGUUGCAUCAUAUCAUUUGAGCUUUAGUGGCUCCAGGGCAAUUGAAAAAAUGGCGGCUUCUUGCCAACGAGGCAAAAGUGCUGCGACAGGUUCAAAUUCUAUCUUCAAGCAACAGAAGGUAGCAGUGGAUUUGCUUCCAGAAAUGAAGAUAUCUCCAAAAGUUCCUUGCUCUCUUGUGGCGCCUGUCGUUAGGAAUGGGUUAAAACUCUUGGUUGAACGUGCUUUGAGAUCCAUUGCCAAAUUUGGUCCGUCAUUACUUUCUCAGCCAUCAUCCGAUUUUGGACAGAUUCUACAGCUUAUAGAAACUCUGGUUGUAGAAAAUACCAAUGAAGCCGUUUUGUCAUUGAACGCACUCGUACUUUAUCUGGGGGUUUAUUCGCAGGCAGCUCUUGGUCCUAAUGAGAACUCAGGCAGUACCGAGGUUUUCGAAGGUAGUGCAAGACUAAUGCUAUUUUUGUGGCUUCUCAAGACUCUUUCUCCGAGAGCAAAGUACAUGUUUGUCUUCUCAAUCGUGAGACAGCUAAGGCAGCCGAACGCUCAUACACACUUUUUCUCAUGUCUCUUGAUAUGGAUGUUUGACGAGUGCAAAUCAAAUUCAGAUGAAGCCAUCCGAUCGAUUAUAUUGCGAGUUCUUUUGGAAUGGUUUAUCGCACCGGGACCAUGUCCUUGGGGUGUAUCUCUCGUCGUUGUUGAACUCUUUAGGAAUCCCAGGUUUGCACCAAUAUUUGGCAAUUUUAACACAACACCUCGAAUAAAUGACCUCUUCGAAUCGCUCUUUUCAGUAUUCGCUGAUGUCUUUGCCUCAUAA